AUGAGUUUCAGGUUAAUUUUUCAAGUUUCGUUUUUAAUUACUUUGGCAAACGCAAGGGUCAGAAGUCAUCACUCAGAUAGUACCAAAUGAUCAACAAGGGACUGACUCAUUUUUGGUGUUAUUGUGGGAGUUUGCACAAUCGUAGGCAUCAUAGUUGGAGUGUGAAGAUGAUAUCGCGCAAGAAAAAUAAAAAGGCAAACAAAUUUAUCAGCUAUACCUCAAAUUACUCCCCAACAAGAUUUUCAGCAAGGUAUUUUAGAUCCAAAUGUAGUUGUGCAGAUUGGGGCAGUAAAUUAUGUUCCAGGUUAUCCUAUGAACCCACAAUUUCCCCAGUCAGGGAACUAUCCUCCAGGCUUGGUUUAUACUCAGCCAGGAAACUAUCCUCCAGGUUCAGUUUAUACGCAACCAGAAAAGUAUCCUCCUGGUUUAAUCUAUCCUCAACCUAAUUCUUCCUCUGUAGUAUUGGAAUCAAAUCAAGUAGAAAUGAAUAACCCACCUGUCCAACCUCACCAAAUUACAAAUUGCUUACAGUCAGAACAUAACUAUCCUAGCCCACUGCAAAAUUCAAUCCAAGAAAGCCAGUAA